AUGGAGUCCGAGCAGUUGGCAGUCUCUUCUUCCUCGUCAACCGGACCUGAGAGAACGCUAAAGAAGCCCCGCAAGAUACAUCCUGGAGAAGCAGCCGGCAUCAUCCCAAAGCGUAAGCCAACAAUCCACACCCAAGUUUUCUCCACUCAAAAAAACUCAACUUACCCACAUACCUACUACGCAGUACGCCCUCACCCCAAGGAAGACACCAUCCGGUACCGCCGGGGCGACCUCGACGCAGACUCCAUUAUCGCCUUCAUCUCGCACAUGCGCGCGGCAGGCGACAUGCCGACCGAGAUCCUGCGCCUGCGCGGGCGUCUGCGCAGCGCGUUCCCCGGGUGCGGCGUCAACAAGCUGCAGAUCCAGGACGCGUACGCGAAAGCUGGCUGGGACGUCAACGAGAUUUGCUGGCUUACGAAAAAAGAGGUUCACUUCGUCGAACGUCCACGAUUUAGGGUGGUCAACCUGUUUGGAAACUCCCAGCCCCGGGCCUUUCAGCUACCUGUGUUUGACACGUUUUACUCUGGGACAGCUAAGCGAGGAGGAGCAGCGAGUAGUAGGAUCAUGAUCAAGUCUUCGACAGAGCAGUUUACCCAAUCCUGGAAUGUCGAAAUAGCUGCUCUGAGAGAGGAGAAGAGCUACUACUGUAAAACGGUGGUAAACGUCAGGCUUAUUCAUGAUAUCUUCCCUCUUGAGCACAUCUUUAACUUAAAACGGGGUACCAUGGAUCGCGCAAAAUGCAAUUAUAGGAUCCUCGUUCUCCUCGCUCCGUCAUAUUUAGACCCCCAUCACACCACACCUAUGACGAUUGAAAUGUCGAAGAAGUUGGUCUUGGUUACGGGUAUCUCAGGCUUCAUAGGUGGCCAUGUAGCCGAAGAAUUGCUAAGGAGGGGAUUCCAAGUGCGAGGAGUUUUGCGUAGCGCUAGAUAUCACACUUUUACAAAUACCAUCAAAGUCCCGGGUCUGGAAUUUGUCGAGGUCGACGAUAUUGUUAACGGGGAUUUUACUGAGGCUCUGAAGGGUGUCUAUGGUGCUAUUCACAUCGCAUGCCCUCUUCCAGGUAGAAACACUCAAGAAGAGCUUGAAUCUAUCGCUGUGCAGGGCACUUUAAACCUCGUUCGCCAGGCUCAGCAGGCCGGGGUCAGGAAGAUUGUUGUCACGAGCACAUUUGGCUCCCUUCUUAGCCUGUGGGGCGAGUCCGAAGACACAGAGCUCGAGAAAAAUAAGGAGGACAAAUUUUAUACAUAUUUCGACGCUAAACUCAAAGCAGAAAAGGCGCUGUGGGCCUUUGCAGCAGAGCACCCAGAGCUCGAAGUCGCUACAAUUCUGCCUGGAUUCGCAUUAGGUCCAUAUGCCAAAACAUUCCCUUUACCCAGCAACAUGAAUAACAUGGCGACUAACAUCUUCGUCCGCCUCAUACUCAAUAAAUACCAACCUCCAUUUUCCCCAGGGUGGCUGGUCAACGUGCGCGACAUCGCCAAAGCCCAUGUCCGUGCCCUGGAGGCGCUCCCUCUACCAAACGGGGACCCGAAAAGGUUCAUAGCCAACGGCGCGACAUACGCGUGGGCUGAUGUUGCCGCGUACAUUAAAAAGUCUCGUCCAGAGCUAGCAGACAGGGUACUUCCGUUGGAAGGUAUUACUCCACUUCCAGGUGUGCUUUCGACCUUGGAUACAACCAGAGCUAGGGAGGUUUUAGGAAUUGAAUUUAUACCAGUAGAAAAGACGAUUGAUGAGGCUGUGGAUGCAGUACUGGCGCUGGAUAAUCAUUGGUCGAAGGCCAAGAACUGA